ACUGCUCCAUCGCAGCUCUGGGCACGCCUCCUCCUGGCUCUCGCCAGUGCCAGCCGCCACCCCGUCCGAUCCUACUGUGGUGGCGGUUAAUCAAUGGAAGAGCUCGACGAGUUCGAGGUGCUCUGGCCGGAGUACUACGUGGGCCACGCUCACGCCGACGAUGACCAGUACAAGACGCCGGCGCCGGCGUCAGCGAGCGUGCAGAGCCCGGCCACGUCGUGGCAGCGGCGCGCGGCACGGUCUCGGCCGGUGGACGUUCCUCCCACUCCCAGCAGGGCCGCCGUGCUGUUGCUACGGUGGAAAGACGGCACUGAUCGUCAAGACGACUUGGCGGAGAAGGACGGCGGCGGCAAGAUCGUCGUGCCGCCGCACCUGCUGGUCUCCGGCAGGCGGCUCUCCGACGGGGAGGCCGCCGCGGCGUACACGCUGCUGCGGUCGGGGGCGGCAAGGCACGGCAAGCGGGCGCGCGACCUGCGCCACCUGCGCAACUCCGUGCUGCGGAUGACCGGCUUUAUCGAAGGAUGACACGUCCUAUGUUUGGGGCUACCACUUCAAUUUGUAGAUCAGAAAUGGUCAAAUGGAUUUGAACCGGUCUGUACGUGGCAUCAAUCCAGUCUAUCUAUCUAGUAAUUUAGUACGCGUAAGCACGUGCAUAAAUUCCUCGAAAAUAAUCUUAUGCGUGCGUUCAAUGAAUAUGUUAUGAAAGUGCAAAGAAAAAAAAACUUGUUGCUAUCGAUGGGAUUUGCACCAAGUUCCGAACCAA